GUUCCCUGAACGCGCACAUUGUUUGCUUUUAUUAUUUGAAGUUUUAUCUAAUCCGGUCCUGUCCAAUUAGUACACUUUUGCCCGCCCCUAGGUCCUGAUUUUAUUCCACAAAAAUAUGUAUCCCUGCGUCUCCCUUCUCUUAUUCCUCCAUGACAAGAGAUAAACAUGUUCAACCGCUGGUUCAACAUGUUUUAGUGAUGUUUUAUUUAAGUUUUUAAAGAUAAACAGCUGUAAGAAAUUUACCUCUUCAUAUCUUCGUUGCUUACCAUCCUUGGGUACUAUCUAUCUGAUCAAUUGUAAAUUUCAAUUCUGCUUUAGAAACUGCUGUUUUUAUUGUUUUAAUGGAUAAUAACUUUUAUAUAUUUUUUGAUUUUACGUUUAAUAGCAUAAAAGCUGGACGAGUUAUAAUUAGGCUGUUUAACGAUGUAGUGCCAAAAUGUGCAGAGAAUCUUCGUGCUCUGUGUACUGGAGAGAAAGGAAUUGGACGUUUACAGAAACCCUUACAUUAUAAAAACUCAAGGAUACAUAAAGUUAUUCCCCAGUGCAUGAUACAGGGUGGAGAUAUAAUCAAAGGAGAUGGGACUAGCGGUGAAAGUAUUUAUGGAGAAUGUUUUGAUGAUGAAAAUUUUUCCAUUAAACACGAUAAACCAGGCUUAGUAGGAUUAAUUAGAAAUGGUAGUAACAAGAAUUCUUCACAAUUUUACAUUACCACAGUACCUUGUUAUCAUUUAGAUAAUAGCAAUGUUGUAGUUGGCGAAGUUAUUAAGGGAUUAGAUAUUAUUAUUGAAAUGUCUGAAAUUCCCAAAUGUAAUGAUCUACCCCUACAGGAAAUUUUGAUUGCCGAUUGUGGACAACUAGAACCGACUGUUUCUUGGAAUGUAAACGAAAACGAUGGUACACUUGAUGUUUACCCUCCAUGGCCUAAUGAUUUAGAUCAUACUUUUGAUGAAAACCAGUUUGAAACUGUUGUUACAAACAUUAACGUUUCUGGAAAUAUGUAUUUUAAAAAACAGAGUUAUUUAGAUGCUGAAAGAAAAUACAAGAAAGCCAUCAGAUAUAUAGAUUGGUAUUUUCGUAAGAACACACAAUCUCCAAAAGAAUUAGCUGAAUUUAAAAACAAGGUAUUACUGAAUCUGACUGCUGUACGACUGAAUAUUAAUAAAAAUAAGGAAGCUCUAGAAAACUGUAAUGAAGUCCUAAAAGAUAAUCCAAAUAGUGGAAAAGCAUAUUACAGAAGAGCCAGAGCUAAAAUGGGCCUCAAAGAAUAUGAUGAUGCUUUAAGCGACCUGAAUAAAGCCUACAACCUACACCCAACAGAUAGGAAUAUAAAACAUUUGUUUGAUAUUAUUAAAACCAAAAAACGAUUGUAUACUGAAAAAGAGAGAAAAUUCUGUUUAAAAGCUUUUUCUUAUUAAGUUUGAUAAUAUAUGUAUAGUAAUGUGCUGUAAAGAGAAUAUCUGGUAUAAAUAAAUAUUUUAAAAAUA